AUGACACAUUUUGAAGAUCUUUCCAAUGAAAUUCUCUUGGAGAUAUUUGAUUAUGUAGAUGAAACAAUAUCAAAUCUUGAAGAAUGUUGUGAAACUGUUAUUAUUCCAAAUCAACAUCAUAUUCUUUCGCUUGAUAUAAAAGAUGAUAUCUUCGUCAAUAAUUUUUUCAAAUAUUGUAUUGUUAAUGCAUCAUUUUAUAAUCUUCAAUCAGUUAUUUUACGUGAUAUUCUUAUCGAAUUAGCUGUAGAUCCUCUUUUGCAUCUAAAAUCAUUACCAAAUCUCUUAUCAUUAACUCUAAUAUGUCAUCUAUUAUUCCCUAAAGAUAUUCGUGAUAUUUACCGAUUGAUUUUCUCUUUUCCAACCUUAAAAUACAAUAAAAUAUCAUUAGAAGAAUUGAAUUAUGAAUAUGAUGAUAUCAAUGAGACAAAUAUUUCACUACCUGCUGGUAUACUACAUCAACAAUUUAGUACGAUUGAAUAUUUCGUUAUCAAUCAUGAAUGUACAUUUGAUGAAUUAAUAUUUAUAAUUUGUCAUACACCUCAAUUACGCCAUCUUAUUUGUGGUAAUUUACUUAAAACAGAUCAGAAUGUUGAAGAUGAACAGAUUCCAACAUUAUCUUAUUUAAAACAUAUACGUAUUGAUUGUUGUUAUCUAGAUUUUAAUGAUUUUGAAAGAUUUAUCAAGAAAGUUUCUCCUCAAUUGCAACGAUUACAUAUUAAACCAAAUUUUAACAAAGCGUAUCUUGAUGCUGAUCGAUGGGAACGAUUGAUAACGAAUUAUAUUCCACAUUUAAAUACAUUGAUUUAUAAUUGCUAUCAACAUAAUUUUAUCAUUUAUGAAGAUCGAUCUCUUCAUUUAAUUAUUAAUCAAUUUAGUUCACCAUUUUGGGUUAAUAAAGGAUGGAUAUUUGAAAUUUUUAUUGAUUGUAGAAUCAUUCAUUUCUCCAUUCAUUCGUCAAAGAAAACAUGUUUUGAUUUUGAUGAAAAAAAAGAAACUAUAAUGACACAUCCAAAAUCAAAUAAUCUAGCCAUUCAACUUAUGAUCCAUAGUUUUACUUCCAAUCCGAAACGAAAUCAAUCAUUGAUUGAUAAUUACAAAUUCAUGUUUGAUUCAAUUAAAUUUAUUCAUUUAACUAUCAAUUGUGCGACGAUUUCUUCUGAUAUGUUUAUUCAAAUUAUCGAAAUGUUACCUCAUCUUGUUUCAUUACAUAUAUUAUCGAUACCAAUCAUUCAAAAUAAUGCUGAUAUUCUUCAUCGGGUAUCACUCAAAAAUAAAAUAACAAAAGUUAAACUCGAAAAAAUUACUGAAAUCGAACAAAAUUCUAAAAAAGAAUUACAAAACCUGAUUGAUACUGACUAUUUAUUAGAUAAUUAUAUAAUGAAACUCGUCGGUCAUAAUAUUAUUUUACAAUUCUAUUAA